GAUUCAAGACUGUUUUGCCUUAUCGAAGGGAUUGAAUUUCAUCUGAAAAGCAUUUAAUAUAGAUAAUAAUUAAGUAAACAUAAUAAAAAAGAUCUUUGAUGAGCUGUGACAUCUGGUGGCGGCUACAGUAAGUUUUGAAGUGUCAAACGCACCGUAGAACAUCAGACAAGACCACAUUAACGCUCUCGUUUGUCAAACACACAUUGGAAACAUCAUAUUUACUACACACGUGUUUUGAAGCCGUCUCGUCGUGCGAUACAUAGUUUUGAAUUUUUAUUUCGACAAGGAAAUUUUUCAUCAAAAUGGGCAAAGUAAAGAAGGAAAAGCAAUCAGCUGAUGAAACUCAAGAAAUUGGCGAAGUAUCGGUGAAAGAGGAAGAUACCUACGAAGAUAAACUCAAGAACUGCUCGGUGAUUGCAAAGCCAAUGGCACCAAAGAAAUUAACCAAGAAAUGCUUGAAAUUGAUCAAAAAAGCAUCCAAACAAAAGACAUUCUUGCGAAAUGGGUUGAAAGAUGUGCAAAGCCGCUUGAAGAAGGGCGAAACUGGAAUCGUUCUCUUCGCUGGUGAUGUGUCGCCGAUCGAGAUUAUGUGCCAUUUGCCAGCCGUGUGCGAGGAGAAGAGCGUUCCAUACGCAUACGUUCCAAGCCGUCAUGAAUUGGGUGCUGCGAUGGGCGUGAAGCGAGGUACAGUCACUGUUUUAGUUCGUGAGCAUCCCGAAUACAAAGACUUGUACGAUGAGUUGAAGAAAGAAAUCAGUGUGUUGCCAGUUCCAUGGUAAAAUCAUUUAGCUUCUAAUACAUUUAUUUUUUAAGGCAGAUACAUAAAUAUAAUACAAAUGUUCAACUUAUCAAAUUUCGACUAAAAUUCUUUUGCAAAGAACGAUGUAUUCAGAGUUAUUUUUAAUGUAAGAAACAAAAAUAAAAGAGGAAAUUGAACUAAAA